AUGGCUUCCUCGAUGGCUUCCAACUGUGCGCUUUGUCUAACAAGAUGCAUUUUCAAAAGACGUCCCAACUCCAAGGAGGGUGAACUCUUUGGAUGUAACUGUGAUGGAUGUAAACGAUUUAUAUGCAAAGACUGUGGAAACCUAUCCACCACUGAAACGGAUGCGCUUCUAUUGCAAAACAAAUCCCUCCUAUUCUUUUGUAUGGAGUGCAAAGCCUGUUUUCCGGAGAUUAAUAACCUUUCUCAACAUUAUGAUCAGCUCAGUGAUAAAUUAGUUCUAAAGGAAAAAUAUAUCAGCAAUCUUGAAACAGACAUCGAAGAUUUAAAAACAAACUUAAAACAGGAAAUUGAUAGACUGAAAAGGGAAAAUGAAAUGAAGGAUAGUCAUAUCGAUCGCCUCGAGAGACGCACUCAAACAUUGGAUGAUGAGGUUUUUGAGGCUGAAAAUAAUUAUUUAACUACCAUUGAUCUUUCAAAAAUUGGAGUUAAAACGUGUCAACUUGGAGCUGGCUGA